AUGUGGCGCGACCGCACCAACCUCUUCAUCUCCUACCGCCAGUCGUACUCGCACCACCCUGCCAAGCGGAAGCCCCUCUACGCCGGGCCCUCGAAUGGCUAUGCCGACAAUGCCGCCCUCAACGAUGAGCGCCGCGGGCUCAUGUCCGCCUUCGACGACCCCAACGACGGCGAUGCGGUCAUCGAGAUGGACGUGCUGCCGCCGCGCUGGCUAGACAUUCAGGACGAAGUCACGGAAAAGCUGCAGGACAUCGCCGUGCAAACGAAGCGCCUCGACCAGCUGCACCAGAAACACGUGUUGCCAGGCUUCGACGAUGACGACGUGAAGAAGCGCGAGGAGCGCGAGAUAGAGCGCCUUACCCAAGAAAUAACACGCGGCUAUCAGAGCUGCCAAAAUGCGAUCAAGCGUGUUGAUGCCAUGUUGCGCGAGAGUGCUCAGCGCGAGGGCGGGAGUACCAAGGGCGAGGAGGUCAUGGCGCGAAAUCUCAAAGUCUCUUUGGCCUCGCGCGUUGGAGAGUCCAGCGCAGCUUUCCGCAAGAAGCAGUCGGCUUACUUGAGGAAACUUCGCGCUCUCGGCGGCCUAUCCUCUCCCUCGCGCACCGGCUCACCCAGCCCUCAAAACCCAUACACCGACCCUUCCCUUCAGGAAUCUUACGAUGAUACGUCCUUGUCCCGUGCCACCCUCCAACAAACCGCCCAAGUCCGCUCCCAUGUCCGUAAGGACGCCAAUGAGGCAAUCAUUGCGCAGCGCGAACGCGAGAUCGAUGAGAUUGCAAAGGGCAUUAUCGACCUUGCCUCAAUAUUCCAAGAGUUACAAACCAUGGUCAUUGACCAGGGCAGCAUGUUGGAUCGCAUAGACUACAACGUAGAACGAAUGGCCACGGACGUCAAAGCUGCGGACAAAGAGCUCACUGUAGCGACGAACUACCAACGGCGCACAGUCAAACGAAAAGCGAUGCUCCUUCUCGUUAUCUUAAUUGUUGGAGCCUUCAUCCUUCUAGGAUUGAAGCUUGGCAGCCGGAGUAGCAGUUCCAGCAUGAGUCCACCGCCUGUCGUUCCGCCUUCACGACCGGAACCACCGGCCGCUCCAGAACCACCAUCUGAGCCGGAUACUCCUGCGGAACGUCUCGGCGUAAUUGAUGGGAGGACAGCGCUGAGACGCGCUGUAGGCGCACCCGAUGGGAGAAGCAGAGAACGGUUACGCCGGCGGAAGCGCAAAGUACGGCAGGCCGGUGAUGAUGUCAUGGCUUUGUUGUGA